GGCAAUUGGGGAGCGAAGAUGGCGGCUGUGGUUUCCAGGAACAAGAGGCCCUUUGACAACUUUCAAGAGGGGGAACAAGCCUUGCAAGCAGAUGUUAAGAAACAGCGGUGUGGCUCACCCUUCCUUUCUCAAAAGACAUCUCUGGCAACUGCAAUUCCUUCAUCUUCAAGCAACGGAAUAGCAGGUUUUCAGGAUUAUCCCCUGAUUUCCAAUGGAGACUGUGAUGACAGCAUACUGGAACCCUCUGAUGGGGAGUCCUCUGACUCCUCCUUCAGUGGCACCCUUGAAGAUGAGGAGAGGCUUUUGGCAGAUGAGCCGGAGACAGCCACAAGUGACAUCUCCUUAGGGCUCAGUGUAAAAGAAGUGGGCAGUGGGUUUGCUGAGGUGCCUUUUCGAGUCACUCAGCAACAGAGUGUUCCUAAGGUCCCAAAUGUGAGUCCAGAGUCUCUCCCUCUGACUGGCCUUUCAGUCCCCUCUAGCAGUAGUCUUCCUCACAACAGUGCCGCUGCAAAUCCAGGGGGAGGAAGCAACACAAAUGUAGAUUCUGAGAAUAAAAUGGGCCUCAGUUGGAGUCCAGAUGGGCUUGGACUUAGAGAUGUCAUGUCAAUUGAGCCAAGUUCUUUUAGCCUAAAGAAAGGGGAUAGUGGAUCUGGGAUAGUGGAUAAGGAAGCUACUCAGACGGUAGGAGAGGAGUCACCAGUUGUGAGCCAGUUAAGGGCCGAGUGUGAAUUUGCUAGUGUGGUGACUAACAGGCCCUCUGGGGGACAGGCUUUCAUAGAGCAAAGUGAGGUAGGAAGGGAAAGUGUAAGUGACCCACCAUGUGAGUCUCAGGGAGAAUCGCACUCUGCCACAGAGGUUGCAACGGAACGUUCCAUCACUGCCCCAAAUGAGGAUCCUGUAGAAGACCCCGGCCCUGAAGAGCCAGAAAACCCCAGCCCUGAAGAACCUGAAGACCCCAGCCCUGAUGAUUCCAGGAGACGGCGAAUAUGCAUCCCAGAGGAACUCCUCCAGUCGAGCAAGGAGAAAUAUGUUAAAAGUGUACUUGCCCACGCUCGACAUAGUAACAUCAUAG